UGAAAGGUUGGUGUCGUUCUUAUGACAGAAUGCCGGUGCUUGUUUCACAAUUUUUUUUUUUUUUUUUAGGCCAAAAAAUUUGUCAUAAAUUGGUUUGCCUAUCAUUUUUAGCUCUCUUCUUCACUCUUGUUUCGCUCUUCUCUUCAUCCUUAUACCAUAUCGUGACGGCAAUGUCUGUUAACGUGCUGUCUGCGCCUUCUUCCCUCAGCGCCGUUGGUAACGAAUCGCAGUUGGACUCUGCCGUCCAUAGUCUUUAUAAACUCUAUCAUACGCCACCACCGCCUAUGAAUCGUCCGCAAUCUCGUCAUCACCGCAGUGAUUCUCGUACGAUCAUUGCUGAAGACGACUAUAUGAUAUCGUAUGGUCGUGAAAACGCUCAUAGUAUCGCGCAAACGCCAGCUUUGAAGUCCAAAUUGAAUAAGUUGCCCGCAGUAGCACCGAUCUCGUCCGACGCUAUGGAUGCUGAGAUGGUGGAAUUGAUACGUAAUACGGCAGCUAAUGCAAGACUAAGCAUGCCAUCUUUGUCAGAUGUUAGCUUGCGAAGAAAACCUAAAAUGAACGAUAGGAUUGUGUCAUUCAAUGAAAGUCCCGAGUACAUCACCACGCCAUCAUCAUCAGACUCCGACUCAGUCGAUGCUGUGGAUGACUCAACAGAACAAUUCAUUCCCGAAACGCCUCCCUCGCCUACCAAGAGGGCGGUGAAGACCCUUCGCAAUACUGUUGUUCGCGGAAAAUCACCAGAGAGAUCAGAACAGGUUUCGAAGCAAUCUCGGUCCAGACCUGUUUCAGCUCCACCGGCUCUUUCAUCAUCAUCAUCCGAUGCUCAACGACCCAAUCACCCAUUGAAGACAAUUGGGAAAUGGUUGACGGACAAGAACAAGUGGCUUAAUGCAGAUCGCACUUUUCUCUACUAGUCUGCAUUCUAAUUCUUUUCUUAUUGUAUAUAACAAACCACUCUUUUAAUUUGUCUCACCACCCAUCUCAUACAUGAAUUGCAUUGUAUCAUAAUUCACACAUUUCCAUUUAUACUUCUGUUUCCAUUUAUUUUUUCAUAACAAUCAAUAUAAACGUUUGUCGAUGUAGUCACUGAGCUUGCAUUUGGACCCUGUCAUCGUGGAAAGCGCUGUGACUGGGGACAUAGCGAGCGGCAGUCAAAAUUUUUAUUUUUUCGAAAUUUUUCAUGG